AUGGCUCAUUUAAGGCUAAAACGUACAAAGCCUUCCAAACUUGGCUUUUCCGUACUUGUACUAUCUGCUAUUAUGUGGACAACUAUUUUUUCGCUGAUUCCACUGUAUGUAUCAAGUAGCGAUUUUAAUAUAACCAACAUCACCUACAUCAACAACACCAACAACAUCGUAACAUUACAGGAAGCUAUAAAAUCACUUGCGUCAUUCAGUGUCUCUUAUAUGUUGCCAGCUGGAUUAACAAGAAAGCGCGCUACACAAUCCGUGACUAACCGGGCUACAACCGCUGCUUCUCUACAACAAGCAGUCGGUGCUCCCAAAGGUUCCAUUAGUGUCACUGGCAUAGGCAGUGCAGCAGCAAACAGUGCCAAAGGUCGACGUCGUCGCGACGUUCAAUGCGACAAAACAGAUACUCCAGGUGUUGCUAUUAUCUUUGAUAUCCUACUGGAUUAUCCACAAAAUUUAGCAUGCCAAUCGUUGACCUGCCAAGUCAAUCUAUACACUGGUAUCCAGGAGAAAUUCAAUGCUGUGACCGAUGUCAGUAUCCCGUCGGAUGAUGGAACUCCUUUAGCCAUACAGCUAUGUCACGUCGAAUCCCAUACUGGUGGCACGAAUAACAAUCCUCAGAGUUCUAGUGGUGUUGUUAUCCAGUCUUGUACAAUCGUUUGUCAAAAUGGUGGUCAAUGCACAGAUCCCAUAACUUGCGGAUGCACUACAGGAUGGGCUGGUGACACAUGCGAAACUGCUGUAUGCACAAAUGGCUGCCAAAAUGGUGGUACAUGUACAGCUCCUGAUACAUGCAUAUGCGCAACUGGUUGGAGUGGUGCAUUGUGUACAAUUGGUUAGUAAAAUUUAAAUUUGAGAUACUUUCCAAUCAUUUCUAUUCCCGAGGAUUAGGGUGUAAAGGUGCGAUCGUUUUUUCUUGCUUGUAUCAUUAAAAAUAAAAUCUAAUAAGAAAAUUUUUAAAGUCAUUUCAUCCAUCGGUUGAAAAGUUUUGUAAAUGAGAGAAAAUUGUUUUAGAAAGUCCUCAUUGAGUUUUGGUUUAAUUUCUUCUUUCUUUUUCUUAGUUCAAGCUAUCGUCAGAAGUCAUGUCUUUAAUAGGCCUGAGUUUGUUGAAUAGUAGACUGAUGGCAUUUUAACAGAAAGACUUUCUAAUAGUUUUUUUUCCAGAACUAAAUUAUUUGUUCUUACGUAGCGCGUCUUAUAUUCAUCACAUGAGUGAAUCUGAUAAUUCUAGAACAUAGUAUAUACACUUAUGCGAUUAAUUAAAUAGCAUAUUCAACUAAAUGACUAUUUUAAUUAAUGUAUCGUCUCGUUUAUAUGUAACAAACUGGUGGCAACGAAUUGAUUGCGAUAAAUUGAACGUUCACUCGCUUGCUCCUCCAAGACUCAGCUAUAAAUUGACGAAUGAAUAUAUUUUAGUGAAUGAGAUUAUUUAUUAAUCAUAUCUAUUCGAAUUAAUGACAGACUAUAAAAUAUUAUUAUUGACAUAUUAUGCAAAUUUUGUUACUGAGAUGAAUAUUAUCUUCAGAGAAGAGGCUCAUUCGUAUAGAUAUUUCAUAGAAAAUUAUAUAUAUAUAUGAGAAAGAACUUCUGGAAGAAUCUAUUUGUUAUCGGAUAAAUUAUAAAAAUGAACAACUUUACUAUAUUUUCGGUUGACGACUGAAAAUAGUUAUUUCACUAGAUUUAUUAUUUGUAAAAGCUAUGAUUUUCUCUAAAAAUUUUACAGAACGAUAUUACUUAAGUUGAUGUAUAAGGUUUAAAAGGAUUUUGACACCGAAUUCAUGCUAUAUCAACUGAUUUGUUUCAGUUGUUGCAGCAGAUACAUAAUUAUAAAUAAUUAUACUGUAAAAGAAGUGAGACAAAGAAAUCCAUAGAAAUGUAUUCAGAGUCGGAUAAAUUCUUGAUCGAUAGAGAACUGAUAGAUUAUGAAGAAAAUACCAUUCAAUCUUUCUGUUUCAUAUAGAACCGAUAACAUCAUCAGUAACAACAACAACAACUAGAACAACUAGAACAACGACAACCAAGACUA